AUGGAGUCCCGCUUGCGAGUCAACCGACUCACACUCAUACAUGCUGUCCUUGCAUACAUAUCUCCUGAAUUCACCGCGCUGUCCCAUCUCCCACUCCCACUCCCCACCGAAAUCCGCUUUCGUAUUCUCACUCAUCUCCAUCUCACACUUUCGGCCUCCUUACUCGAAUCACUCAACCACAGCUUACAGAAUGCCCUCGAUGACCUCUGUCAUAGUUGCAGAGCCUAUAAUUGUCACGUCUACGGUCAAAACGUGUCGGACUGGCCUGAAAUAAGGGCCACUGGAGGUUGCUGGUGUGCCCAAAUCGGUGGGCACCCACGGCCAGAGAUCGCGAGCGAUCGGUGGAAUUCCGAUGAAUGCAUCGAUGCCAAAAUACGCUCCCCAAUGGCUGAUUCUGAUCCGCCGCCCUACUUCAGUUUUCACUUGCGUCACGUUGCCGUAACCUAUCUGUCAACUACCUCACCCUCACCUUAUACGCGUGAAAUAGAGGCGAUGACAACGUCGCAUGCUGGUGCGAAGGAGAUUGAUGCUUUAGUCUUGAAGGUCCUGCGACACUUUCAUUGCCGCGUCUCUCCUUCGAAACCGAGGGCAUGGAAGCUGGAAGACGAGCUUUGCAUUAUUCCCAUCUCCGACGGCCCCUCUGAUGAUGAGACAUUAUGCACGCUUCAGCUCGCCCUGGAGCUUGAUAGGCACCACGACUUUGUAUCACAUUCAAAGCUGCAUCCUCGGAAUAUAAAGUUCACACCCCCCUUAAUAUCCCAUUCCCCUGGUGAGGGCUUUCCUUCGUUCCUGUUUGUUAUGAUGGCUGAUUGA